AUGCCGCGAAAUCGCCCAGCCACGACAGGCUACGAGCGCCUGGAACAGGCCGACCACUCGAGCGAUGAGUCUGAGGACGACCCCAUGCUUCAGAGUUCUGCGUCUUUACAGGAUCCCCGAGCUCCCCGCUACAACCAUACGUCACAGCCGCGGCCCCACUCUGGCAUGGCCUCGCCGAGAGCUCAUGCGAGCAAUGCCAGUCGCCCAGGAGGAUCAAAACACAGCCGCGGCCGGAGACUUAGGAGCAACUCGGGCGUGGAUGUCAAAGCAAUCAACGCACGGCUGGAGCGAUGGGCAGAAGAAAUAGCUUCAAAAUUUAAACGGGGAAAGAAGGGUAGACAUGGCGACGACGACGAGGGCCGGCUCGAGAUACACCAUAGUGUGUUUCAAGCACCCGAGGGCGUGAGACCCGCCACGGCGCAGAGUCUGGCAGUCCCGCAGGAGGGUGUCAUGACGAGGGACGAGUUUGAGUACAUUGUCGACACUGUGCGGCUGGCUAUCGAGCAGGGCGUCCAUCCGAGGAUGAUCGCACAAGGCAGCUCCGGAUCUUACUUCGCGCGGAACCCGGACGGCAAGGUCGUGGGCGUAUUCAAGCCCAAAGAUGAGGAGCCUUACGCAGCGGGAAACCCGAAGUGGAACAAGUGGAUUCACAGAAAUCUGUUCCCUUGCUGCUUCGGGAGAGCAUGCCUCAUUCCCAACCUCUCUUACGUGAGUGAGGCGGCUGCUUACACUCUGGAUUGCCAACUGCGAACCCACAUGGUACCCUACACCGAUGUUGUGUGGCUUGCAUCGAAGUCGUUCCAUUAUCCGUUCUGGGAUCGCUACAACUACUCCAGGAACAGGAAAACAUUACCUUCAAAACCAGGGAGUUUCCAGGUUUUCCUGAAAGGGUUUAAGGACGCGAAUGUCUUCCUUCGAGAGCACCCCUGGCCGGACCAGUACCUAUCGGGUGUACGAACCAAUGACACGCAUCGCAACAGGCGCAGAAGAUGGGUAGAUAAUUGCCGGCCCAUCGCUGGCCGCUUAGAAGAUGACGACGGCGGAGACGACGGGGCUGAGACCCCGGACCGGUCAGUUCCGGGCCCGGACAAUUUCAUGUGGACAGAGAGCUUGAAGCAGGCUUUCAGAGAAGAGCUCGAGAAAUUGGUGAUACUGGACUACAUUAUGCGCAAUACGGACCGAGGCCUCGACAACUGGAUGAUCAAAGUUGACUGGGAGACUGGAGAAGUCUCAAUAGCAUCGGAGCCUGUGCAUAUGAACAUGGACACAGAGGAAGAGGAGGAGCAAGUGAACGGACCGAGGCCGGUAGAUUUGAGCCAGAGGCCAGCGCAGAAUCGCUCAUCAUAUCCCUACAAAGCCCAGAGACCUAUGGAAGCGUCGAGUCCAACAGAACGGCCACGAGAUCCAAAAAUCAGUAUAGGGGCCAUUGAUAACUCAUUAUCAUGGCCUUGGAAACAUCCUGAUGCUUGGCGAAGCUUCCCCUUCGGUUGGCUGUUCCUGCCUGUGGAUCUGAUUGGCAGGCCAUUCUCGCAGAAGACGAGGGAUCACUUUCUACCACUGCUGACCUCGACAGCGUGGUGGAGCCAAACGCAACUCGCGCUCAGAAGGAUCUUCCAGAUUGACCCCGAUUUCCAAGAAAAGAUGUUCUCCCGGCAGAUAGCCGUGAUGAAAGGGCAGGCAUGGAACGUGGUAGAGACAUUGAAGACGCCGGAUCACGGCCCUCUAGAACUCACCCGCCGCGCAAAAGUGUGUGUGUGGGAUGAUCUAGUGGAAAUUCCCGUGGCCGUUCCUAUGAGGGCGACAUCAUCCGAAAUGCGCCGGCGAACCGAAGAGGACUUUCAAAAAGCUAUUGAAGAGGAGAUGGAUAUUGGCGCAGCGAAUAGCUCCGCCCCAGCCGCGGAUUUGCUUGGCCUUGCCACGCCGCCAGCCGACCUGCCUCAUCCUGGUAGGUUUGAGCUGUCAGGCAACAUCACGGACACAGCCGUGGAUGAGACCCAGUCACUGGAAGACUCGGCCGUUCUCAACGAGAAUACAGCAGCGUCCUCGCCGACCCGGACGAAGCACGACAGGCCCAAGAUGCCCGGGGCGCGGUUUGGGACUAGUUAUCCCGGGCCGCAGCGGUCACACUCGACGCUCAAUGUCUACUCCAACAACAGACGCGAGCGGAGGUAUUCUUUUGCUACGGCUUUGGGACGGCGGAAUAGUAAUUCCAUCGCCCAGACCAUGUACGGUUAUGAUGACGACGUUGAGGGGGAUCUGGGGUACGCUGCGGCCGAGGGCAUGGAGGGCAACCAGCGUAAGGUUAUCGUGGAGAGGUUAGAGCCAGUCAAGGCGCGGAAUCCUGUGUUUACUUGGUGUUAA